AUGUUAGGGAGCUCCCUCCUUACACACUUUCCAGACACAGGGCUCGAGUCGCGCGCUCGCACACUGCAUGCGUUGAUGGGCGCAGCCGCAGGCGGCGGGCGGGCGGCGCGGGCGCUCCGCCUGCUGCUGCUCCUGGUGCUGGCGCUCGCCGCAGUCGAGUACCUCUUCGGCUCGAUCCUGGACGCAUCGCCUCUCCGCACAUAUCUGUACACCCCACUGCAUAACGCCACUAUACCUACUCUAAGAAGCAGCGAAAAGUUAUCUCAAACUUGGCCUAAAAGAUUCCCGACACCAUCUCCUGCGGUCGACAAUCUGCUAAAAAAUUCAACUCACAAAGCCGUUUCGAACAAUACGAGUAAAAGUAAUUCUAGUAAAGAAGCGUCAAACAUGACUCGGCAAAACAUUUCCGAAGACUCGAGUACGCCGCUUUUGAUUACAAAAAUUAUGGACGGAAUCAAAAACUUGGUUACUACAGAAGAUGGGGAUAUUAAACCUUCAGAGCCUACAAUUCAAUUUUGCGACGAAAUGCCACCGGAUUUGGGUCCAAUAUCUGUAAAUAAAACUGAAGUCGAGUUAGAUUGGGUGGAGAAGAAGUAUCCCGAAGUGCGUCGCGGCGGUUUUUAUUCGCCACCAAACUGCACCGCUCGCCACAAAGUCGCCAUAAUUGUUCCGUACAGAGAUCGCCAACAACAUUUGGCGAUAUUUUUGAACCACAUGCACCCGUUCCUAAUGAAGCAGCAAAUAGAAUACGGUAUAUUUAUCAUCGAACAGGAAGGUAAUAGCGACUUCAAUCGUGCCAAACUAAUGAAUGUAGGUUUUGUGGAAAGCCAAAAGCUGAAGCCCGGUGGAUGGCAAUGUUUCAUUUUCCACGACAUAGACCUCUUACCGCUCGACUCCCGAAACCUGUACUCGUGUCCGCGACAGCCGCGGCAUAUGUCCGCUUCCAUUGAUAAAUUAAAUUUUAAGUUACCGUACGAAGAUAUAUUCGGCGGCGUGUCCGCCAUGACGCUGGAACAGUUCACUAAAGUGAACGGUUUCUCCAACAAGUACUGGGGUUGGGGUGGCGAGGACGACGACAUGUUCUAUAGGUUAAAGAAGAUGAACUAUCACAUAGCGAGAUAUAAAAUGUCAAUUGCACGAUACGCCAUGUUAGAUCAUAAGAAAUCUGCACCUAAUCCUAAGAGAUACCAACUGCUAUCGCAAACUAGCAAAACAUUCCAGAAGGACGGUCUGUCGACGCUCGAGUACGAGCUGGCGGGCGUCACGCGCCACCGCCUCUACACGCACGUCGUCGCCAACAUCGACGAGCGCAGC